CGGCCCCGAAGGCGCCUCCUGGCAACCGGGGGAUAUUGCUAUGGAGACGUCUGCCAGCAAACUCAGGAUCACAGCCAGCUCUGUGCAAGGACGUUUGCCAGGCAGAGCUCAGACACCUCCAGGAAGCAGAAGACGAAACACACCCAGACUUUCCCAGCACCGAGGUAAAAAUGGAGACGGGUGCCAUCGCGAAACUCCGGGCAAAGUGUCUGGAAAGAGGAGCCUCUGGGAUUAAGGGGCUGGCCAGGUUCUUCCGGGUCAUGGACGACGACCGGAGCAAAACUUUGGACCUGGAGGAAUUUGUGCAGGGGCUCCGCGAUGCGGGGGUCCCCCUGGAACGGGGCGAAGCGCAGGAGAUUUUCGCCUCCUGCGACAAGAACCAGAGCGGCACGCUGGACUUUGACGAGUUCCUGGAGGCCUUGCGGCCCCCCAUGUCCAAAGCCAGGAAGGAGGUCAUCCGGCAAGCCUUCCAAAAACUGGACCGGACAGGCGAUGGCCUGGUGACAGUGGAGGACCUUCGUGGGGUCUACAACGGCCGCUGCCACCCCAAGUUCAAGAGCGGCGAGUGGACGGAGGAGCAGGUCUUCCGUUCCUUCCUGGACAGCUUUGACUCCCCGGACGAUAAGGAUGGGAAGGUGACGGCCGAGGAGUUCCUGAACUACUACAGCGCAGUCAGCGCUUCCAUCGACAGCGACGAAUAUUUCGUGGGCAUGGUGAAAUCCGCCUGGAAGAUUUAGCGAGAAUGGAAGAAAAAGCCAGCCAAGCAAGCAGGACUUAUUGUUACAAGUUUUGUCUCUUUUUUUUAAUGUAAUUCCCAAAUACAUCUGAUAUGACAAUUGUACAGAAAUCU